GUAAUAUCACGUGGUUUAUACGUACGUAUAUUCUAAUGGUGCAUAUCAUGGUUACGUAGAAGAUAUAAAAUGUAUACACAAAUAAAUAAAAGAAAAUUAAUUCGAAACAAAUCUUAUGAAAGUAAAUUAAUAAAGUUAAUCGUGAUAAUACAUUAUUAGAAGGAUGUUUAAUUAUCGAGUAAUAUUUUAUAAGAAAGGAAGAACUUGUUUUGUCAAAUCUCAAGUGGCAUGGCCAUGUGAAUCAUCUAUUAAACAAUUUUAUCUUAAUAAAAUAAAGCGAUAUUAUAGAACACGAAGUGAAGAAGAAAGAAAACUAGUUGAUAAUGUAGCCAAGGUAAAUAAUAGCAUUCAUUUAGAAGAGUUAAAGCAACCAAAUUUGAUUAAUUCAGUCGAAUGUUCGAAUUUUACGGAAAGACUUUUAGAGGAAAACAAAAAAAAAAGAUAUAAUAGUAAUAACGCAAUAUAUGAUACAAAAUUAAGAGAAAAUGAAGAAGUUACAUUUGAAGAUAUGUUUAAAUUGUAUCCAAACAGCGUUAAUACUUUAAAAAAUAUUUAUUAUAUUGUAAUGAAUGAAUUAAAUAUUAAUAAUUUACUUCGUAUGGAUUUUACUUGUUCCCAAAAUAAAGAACAUAUAACUUGGGAAUGUAUUUGCUCAGUUUCUUGGCCAACGAAGGAAUCAUUUACAGGAAGAGGUACAAGUAAAGUAUUAGCUUCAUCUGAUGCAUCAUUAAAGUGUUUAUACUGGUUGUAUAAGCAAAAUAAAUUAAAAGCUAAUAAACCAAUAAUAUAUACAAAAGAGGAAAUAGAAGCUAAAUUGGAGAGAACUAUUCCUAUUGAUUUGGAUUCUACAAUUUUGGAAGAAGUUGAAAGAUUGAUUGAGAUAUACAAAGAGAAUGUAAAAAAUAUAAUCGAAUCUCCUAAUUUAAAAAAUAAUAGUUCUAAUGUAUCUGUUAAUAUUGACACUGGUAUGACUCCUUCAUUUUUGUACAAUCAAACGCGUAAUCAAACUCUAAAAAGUAGGUUUCUGCAAAAUAAGAUUAGAACUGAUAAUAAUCUUCCUAUUUUUCAAUACAGAGAAAAAAUACUUGAAAAAUUAGAAAAAAAUAAUAUUUUAUUAAUUAGAGGUAAUACAGGUUGUGGUAAAACCACACAAAUUCCUCAGUUUAUAUUAGAUUCUUAUAUAAAAAAUGGAAAUGCUACAGACUGUAAUAUUUUGGUAUCGCAACCUCGCAGAAUUUCUGCAAUAUCUUUAGCAGAACGUAUUGCUUCUGAAAGAGGAGAAUCUAUAGGAGAUGUGAUAGGAUUUUCUGUACGAUUACAGAAGGUUUAUCCACGAUUUCCUGCUGGAAUACUUUUUUGUACCACUGGUAUUUUAUGCCAAAUAAUGGAGAAAAAUCCAAACUUAAUAGGAUACAGUCAUGUUAUUUUGGACGAAGUUCAUGAACGUACAUUGGAUAUUGACAUACUUUUUGUUUUAAUUAAAAGAGCACUUGCAAAUAAUUUUUCGUUAAAACUUAUUAUUAUGUCUGCAACUAUUAACUCUAAAAUAUUUGAAAAAUAUUUUAAUUGUGAUACAAUUGAUAUAGAAGGUAAAAGAUAUCCCGUUAAAAUGCAUUUCUUAGAAGAUUUUGAAAAUUUAUUACCUCCGUUAAAAAACAUGAAUUUGAAUCUUAUUAAAAAAAAUAUAAAUCGAAAUACGAAUAUACUAAUGGUUAAUAUUCAACAAGUUGUAAGUCUUAUAAAAUGGAUUAUUGAUACUAAACCACCUGGUACAAUAUUAUGCUUCCUACCAGGAUGGGCAGAAAUUAAGAUAAUAGAUACGAUACUUAAUAAUGAUACGUCACUAAACCAAAAAUUAUUAGUAAUUCCACUACACUCUAAACUAUCAAUUGUUUAUCAUCACAGGAUCUUUACUUCAGUACCAAAAGAAACUUCAAAAAUUAUUUUGGCAACAGAUAUUGUUGAAAGUGGCAUUACUAUACCUGAUGUUAUAUAUGUAAUAGAUACUAGUAUUAAAAAUACUCCUAUAUGGCAAGAUAACAAACUUUAUAUGGGCUUUCAGAAAAUAUCUCAAGCAAAUAUACAACAAAGAAAAGGUAGAGCUGGUCGGAUACAAACUGGUGAAAGUUAUCAUUUUAUAACAAAAAAGGAAUAUGAUGAAUUGCAUCCUAAUCCAAUUCCUGAGGUAUUAUGCAGUUCUCUGGAAGAUACAAUUAUUAAGAUUAAAAAUCACACUAAUGAGAAGAUUGAACAAUUUUGUGAAUAUAUGAUUGAAUCACCGAGCGAAACGGCAAUAAACAAAGCGAUAAAAACGUUACUGCUAUUAGAUAUUAUUGAUAAGGAUGAAAAUUUAACACCAUUAGGAAAACGAUUAUCAUCAAUUCAUGUACAUCCAAUAUUAGGCAAAGCUUUAAUUCUUUCAACAAUAUUUAAGUGUACAGAAUCCAUUCUAUCUAUUAUUACACUUUAUUCUAUAGAACAAGAUAUUUUUUCAAACACAUUGUAUAAUAAGUCUUCUAAGAAAGAUAUUAAAGAGCAAUAUCAUAGAACAAGUGAUCAUCUUGCUAUAGCUAAAUUAUGUACUGAAUGGAAAAAGAGAUUAGAUGAAAGCGAAUAUAUAAAUGAUUAUUUCUGCAACGAUAUGAACAUUAGUCCUCUUAGAAUAAAAUUAUAUGAUAAAAUACGUUCUAUAAUUUCUAAACAAUUGCAGACCUGUGGUAUAAAAAAUUACGAUAUCUCUGACUCAACAAUGCUUCAAAGUGAAGAUACAUAUAGCGAAGAAAUAAUUUAUGGUAUUAUUUUAUCUUCUACAAAUAUGCUACUUGAGAAUUAUGAAUUUUCUUAUGACAAAAAUAUUUUUAAAAAAAAAUCUCAACUUAAAUCUGAAUGUAAUAAUUUGGCUAAGAUAAUGACAGAAAGUGUGAACCAUAAUAAGAUAUUUGAACCUAAUUCAUUCUUGACAUAUUUUCAUGGUGUAAAUUUUCAAAAUAUGCAUUAUAUGCUAGUAUAUGAUACUAGUAUUAUAUCUCCUUUAACCAUAUUACUUUUUGGUCAAGGUUCCAUAUAUGAAAAAGAGAAUAAUAACUCCCUUAAUGAAAAGAUUAUUGUUCUUAUGUUAAAGGAAGAGAAGCCAUUGAAAUUUUCAUGUACACCAGAGGUAGCAGAAAAUCUUAUGUUAUUCCGUAAUAUUAUUUGGUCUGUAGUAAAUUAUUUUCUUAUAAUAGAUAAACGUCCACACAAUGAAUAUAAUUAUAUGAAUGAGUAUAGAUCAGAAAUGUUACAAGUACUUUCCAAAAUGUUAGAUAUAAGUGCUAAGAACAAUGAUAAAAAAGUAAAGUAACAUAUGUCAAUAAAUGUUGGACAA